AUGGCAACCAUCAGUACCUUCUUCCGCCUCUUCCUACUAAUCUCCUUCGUGCCGGCCCUUGUCCCGACAAGCACUGUCUUCGACAUCGAGCUGGUCCACCGCGACUCCCCCAAGUCACCACUAUACAACAGCUCGAUGACACCCUUCGAUCGCCUGCAGGCCGCCACCCUCCGCUCGGUCAGCCGAGCUAGCUACUUGGCCCAACGCAUCACCAUGAAGACCUCCAACGACAUAGACGUCAGCGUACGCUAUGAUGAUGGGGAAUUCUUGAUGGAGUUCAAUAUGGGCACGCCAAACCCGCAACAUGUGUGGGGCAUCCUCGACACCGGCAGCGAGCUAAACUGGGUCAACUGCGUGGGCUGCCAAUGCUUCAACAAGACCAUCACCCUAUUCAAUCAUAGUGCAUCCCUCUCCUACGAGAAGUUAACUUGCAAUUCCGAUGGGUGCAAGAGCUUUUUCCAAGGUCAUUGCGAUAAUGAUCAGAUGUGUGAGUACCAUUACUCCUACGUCGACGGCUCCUACAUAGACGGAAUGUUCUCCUCGGACACCUUCCAUUUCUACUCGUCAGCUACGAAGCAAUUUACAUCCAUUCCAAAUAUGCUUUUCGGUUGCAACUUCCGGUCCUUGGACACCGUCGGCGUCGACUUCGGAAGCACCAUCGGGUUGGGCCCCUCACCGCCGUCUCUGAUCCACCAGCUCGCCCCUAAGUUCACCAGCAAGUACUUCUCCUAUUGCCUGGACUCCUGGUUAUAUGGGGGACUUGCCAGCAGGCUCUUUUUGGGACGCCGCAAUACCACUGUCGCCGGAAAGGUGACCGUCACGCCGUUCAUGACACAAGAUAACUUCUACGCUGUGCAGCUUAAUUCCAUCUCUCUCCCGGGUGUGUUUGACAUCAAGUACCUUACUAGGAGGUCCAAGUUGAGGGCCGGCAACAUCAUCUUUGACUCCGGCACCGCCAUGACCGUUCUAGACAAUCAAGUGUUGGACGAGUUGGUGUGGGAAUUGAAAAAUUACGUUACCUUACCAAUUGUGGAGCCGGAAAGAAAAUUCAAAUUGUGCUUCGAUGUGCAGUCGACGGAACAAGAGGAGGAGCUACCAGGGUUGUUGUUCUCAUUUGCCGGGGAGUUGGGGAACUUCACGGUGAGCCCUAAAAACCUGUUUACGUGGUUUGGUCCGCAUGUGAAAUGCAUGGCGAUAUUGGGAACGAAUGAUAUACAGGUCUUUGGAAAUAUUAUGCAGAAAGAUGUUUUGGUUGGACAUGAUCUCGAAAAAAUGGAAUUGACUCUUACAGAGAAAAAUUGCAUCUAG